ACGCUAUGAAUCAACUGUAACGCACAGCAAAAAAUCUUACAACAGCUCGAAACAGAAGUGUGUGCAGACUUCCCUGGUAAUGCCUGAUCCAAAAUGGAGACUAACAAACUGCUGCAUCACAUGGCAGAGAUAGAGGAAUUGGCGGAGGACAUCAUUUCCGAUAAACAUCAGAUGGUAGAAUUGGAUAAGAAGCGACAGAAAACAAGGGAGGCUAUAAGGAUUUUGUCAAAAGACAAGAAAACACAGAAGAGUUGGGUGUGUUUUGGAGACAUGUUUAUCAAGUUACCUGUAUCAGACACCAAGAAGUUACUGGAAAAAGAUUUCAAUGGAUUAGAUACGGAGAUUGCCGAUGUAUCAAAAGGUCUGAAGCCAAAAGUGAACAAACUGCGAGACUUGGAACACAAAGACGAUGCCAAGGGAUUCAGCCUCAAUUCAAUGUCCAGAGAGGAGCUUCAGGCUGUAGAAGCACUGUUGUGAUAUCUGUAUACUUCAGCUCAAAAACUAUUGACGGCUUGAUCUUCUGCGUUUCUGGCUGAUGUAGAUAGCGAUACAUUUGAGGAAUAAUUGACUCGAUUCUUCGGAUGUUAAUGCCAUGUUUUAGAUACCAAAGCUUUCAACAAAAAGAUACCAAAGCUUUCAACAAAAUUAUUGAAUAUGCAAUUAAGAUGUAUCGGUAUCUAUUAGGCAUAAGGCGUUUUUCAAGGUUGCUAUGGUUACAGUCUGAUAAAUAAUGCCAAUUCUGUGACAAGCAUCAGGAAGGAAGAAUUAAUGAGAUUAUAACUAUCUACACUGGUAAAAUUUGCUGAGAUGGAGGCACCGAGAAAAUUAUUGAAUGAAUGCAAUAAAAAUAUACUUAACAUUACCUCUGCAAAAGAUAUUUUAUUGUGUAAUUUGCCAAUUAAAGCACAUUUACUUUCAGGAAA